AUGAGGAAAUUCCAAUCUUUCAGCGCUAGUGUCGAGUCGAGUUUGUUACAGCCACCAAAGACACCAAAUGAAAGUGAUAUGUACGCAGAACCGGAGAACUUCUUGGAGAUUGAAGUAGCUAAUCCAAAAACGCAUUUUCCUCAUGCCGAGAACAGAGGUAUGUACACUGACUAUGAGGUGAUAUGCCGUACAAACCUGCCAUCCUUUACGAAGAGAACUAGUAAAGUAAGAAGGCGGUACUCAGAGUUUGAGUUAUUUCGCAAAUGUCUGCUCAAGGAGCUUUCCUUGUCGAGCCACCCGAAGGUGGUGGUUCCACACUUGCCUGGCAAAAUAAUACUAGGUAAUAGGUUUAGCGAUGAAGCUAUUGAAGAACGCAAGCAAGAUUUGAACAAAUGGAUGUUCACUGUGGCAGGCCACCCGCUAUUGCAAAGCGGCUCCAAAGUUCUCGUGAGGUUUAUCGAGAACAAAGAGUUUUUAGGUUGA